AUGGGUCUCAUCGGCAAUGCUCUCUAUUACUCCUUCCACCCUAUGCAGUUAAGGUCAAUUAUCCAAUGGAAAGUUUGGCACAACCCGCCCCAUGAGCGAAACGAGAAGAACGAGACCGAGAACCAAAAGCUCUGCUUUAAAUUUUUGGACAAGACGAGUCGCAGUUUCAGUGCUGUGAUCAAGGAGCUCCAUCCCGAGCUGUUGAUCCCUAUUUGCAUCUUCUACUUGGUCCUCCGUGGACUGGAUACCAUCGAGGAUGACACUUCCAUUCCCCUAGUCACUAAGGAGCCCCUUCUCCGGGACUUCAAGAAUAUCUUGACACAAGAUGGCUGGACUUUCACCGGAAACCGACCGGAGGAGAAAGACCGUGAGCUGCUGGUUCAGUUCAACCACGUCAUCACUGAGUUCAUGAAUAUGAAGCCUGAAUACCAAGCUAUCAUCAAGGACAUCACCGAGAAGAUGGGCAAUGGAAUGGCCGACUAUGCCGUGAAGGCGGAGAACGAUGAUGCUAGCGUGAAGACCAAGGAGGAGUACGACCUGUACUGCUACUACGUUGCUGGCUUGGUCGGCGAGGGCCUUACCCGCCUCUUUGUGGAGGCGCAAUUCGGUAACCCCGCUUUGCUGAAGCGCCCCAGACUCCACAAGUCGAUGGGUCUCUUCCUCCAGAAGACCAACAUCAUCCGUGACAUCCGGGAGGACUUUGAUGACAACCGCCGAUUCUGGCCCCAGGAGAUCUGGUCCAAGCACGUCGACAACUUUGAGGAUCUUUUCAAGCCCGAGCACCUCGAUGCCGCUCUCAACUGCAGUUCCGAGAUGGUGUUGAAUGCCCUGGAGCAUGCCGAGGAAUGUCUUUUCUACUUGGCUGGCCUCCGCGAGCAGAGUGUGUUCAACUUCUGCGCAAUCCCGCAGUCUAUGGCCAUUGCGACCAUGGAGUUGUGUUUCCGCAACCCCGACAUCUUUAAAAAGAACAUCAAGAUCACCAAGGGCGAUGCGUGUGAGCUCAUGCACAAGUCGACUCAGAACCUCAGUGUCCUGUGUGAAAGCUUCCGUGUCUACACCCGCAAGAUCCACAAGAAGAACACCCCCAAGGAUCCCAACUUCCUGAAGAUCAGCAUUGUUUGUGGACAGAUUGAAAAAUUCAUUGAGACUAUCUUCCCCACACAAAGUGCCGAGGCCGCUCAACGCAAGGUGACUGGUGAGCUCACUGCCGCCGAGAUCCAGAGAAAGAAGGAAGACGCCGAGAACAAGGAUGAUGUCUGGUUCAUGAUGGCCUUGAUGGGUGUCAUUAUUGUCAUCGUUGCUGGCCUCAUGAUCUUUGCGGCUUGGAUGAUGGGUGCCCGAUUUGAUCUUGCCUUCAAGGAGCUUUCUCAAGGCAACUUCCGCCCGCCUAAGAAGCUCGAACGUACCGAGCUUUGA